GACGCUGUCACCGAACAUACCCAAAUCAAAGCUGAAUCAUACCGGAGAGAUGGCUUUCAACAACGCCUACAUGUCCUUGAUCGCGGCGGUCCUUCUCUUGGCCACCGCAAUUAGCCAAACAGACGCACAACAGGUGGCAUCCUGUGCAUCGAAGCUGGUCCCCUGUGCGGAAUACUUGAACUCCACAAGCCCUCCUUCCAGUUGUUGCGACCCUAUCAAGGAUGCAGUCACUAACGACCUUCCUUGCCUCUGCAACCUCUAUCAAAACCCUGACCUGCUUAAAUCGUUGGGGGUUGAACUCGCUCAAGCCCUCGCACUCACCCGUGCCUGCGGAGUUAGUACUGAUAUCAGUGCCUGUAAUGCCACUGGUGGAGCAGCUCCGUCUCCUGUCGGCACUCCGCCGCCUCCGGUUCCUGGCAGCGAUGGAGGAAGGGUAGCGUGGACGGGAUUAUAUAGUUUGCUCUUCAUUUGGGUUUCAGUGAUGGUUUAUUAGGAUUAUCUAUGGUGUUCUUGAUAUAGUCAAGAGCAGAUGGACUUGUCACAUUAUACAUUGCUGAGAUCGAUCGCACAAUGUUAGAGAGCCGCGCCGGAUAUUCCGCAUUUAGAUGAUUUAUUUUUGUUGUGUCUUCGUUUGUAUCUUAUUGUUUGUGAGUUGUGAGAGUGUCUUAUUUGUAAUUCAAUGAGUUAUUAUUAUAACUUACCAUACUUAUUAUAAUUUUUGCUU